AUGCGAGCCAAGAGCCCCGGAGAAAAUGCCAACCUGACCCUGAUCCCCGGGGAUGUCUUCGUCAUCGAAGCCUACAUUCAAGUUCAUUGGCCCUGGUUGACUCUCUUUGUGGUCGAGACACUCAUGGCUACCUGGCUGUUGGCUCUCACGAUUAUGAUGACCAAAGACGAACCGCUGUACAAGAGUUCCGCGUUGGCAUUGCUCAAGCAUAGAAUUCCGGGUUGGGAGAAAGAUGGGAGCAGUAGCAAGGUGUCUAUCAAGCGUGGCUCUCAAGUGGUCGAUUACGAAGUUGAGGUGAAGCAAUCGGUCAUAGAAGUCAGGGACACAGAGAAGCGGUUGAAAGAUAGCGCGCGGGAUGUGUUGGUUCAGUUCGACCGGGGAAGUGCAGGAGAAACGAUUGUUACUACACGAACAAGGGCGAAAUAG